AUGGAACCAAAUAUUUCUAACUGUGCUAGUUUGAAGGGGAAGUCAAUCAAUCCUUUUUGGGGUAGACCUAACAACAACGCUGCUAAAGAGAUCCAUCUUCCACUGCAGAAUCACCAGCCAGUUGAGGCCUUCUCGAUACUCCCUCCUCCCCCAGAUGCCAAAUUCGUUGUGCGCCCAGAGAUCACCGCAUGGUUAAAGCAGAAACUUGAGCGGUCUUUAACCCGGGUAGCGCUCGUUGGGCCUGCCGGUGUUGGAAAAUCACAAAUUGCCCUUCAAUACGCCCACCAAAUUCACAACAGGUCUCCAAACACUUUUAUUUUCUGGAUUGAAGCUAGUGACAGAUCACACUUCGAAAAUGCAUUUCGGGAUAUCGCCAGCCGUCUCCAGCUUCCUGGUCAUGAUGAUCCGGAUAUCGACGCCCUGCCCUUGGUUUCAAGCUGGCUUUCGCAACCAGAAAAUGGAACCUGGCUUAUGGUAGUAGACAGCGUCGAGAAUACGGACGUUUUCUAUUGCAGGAAGAAUAAUCACGCCAGGUGUAUUGGGCGGUCGUGCCUUCCAACCAGCCCUAAUGGCUCCAUCAUCUUCACAUCCCAGAACCCUAGCUGUCUGCUAUUGGAAAUGCUGGACGGUGAUCUGAAGUUUUACAAUGCGACAUACAAAUUCCCAGUUAUGAACAUAUACCAGGGCUUCCAGCUUCUACGGAACGAGCUUGAUGACGGAUUAGGGGAUAAUCCUUCGCGCAUGGCUGACCUUGUGUAUGCUCUAGGCUGUGAGCCUCGAUCUAUUGCACAAGCUGCCAAGGUCCUCAAUUUUCGUGGCUUGAAGAUGUCAGAGAUGUCAGAAAUGGAAGAGUUCAGAGCUCUGUGGCCGGAAAAGCAUAGAAAGGUCGGAAAACACGGCCGUCUUCCCAGAGCAUGGCACAGAAACUUUCAACUUCUGCGACAUCAACGAAGCCAAGCCGUUGACCUUUUGUAUCUGAUGAGUUUCUUCAGCGGGCUGCAGCGGAAAAUACCAAAACUGGCGUUGGUGUCAUUUACGAAGCGACUCGGCAAAUUUCAGGAUCAUGACGAAGAAGCCGUUAUUGACUGCUUAGACCAAGAAAUUGCAUUCUUGAAAGAAAAUUACAUCCUUACUGAGACGGAAGGUGGUGAGCAUGUCAUUUUGGCUCCGUUUGUCGGAUUCUGCACUCAGAUGUGGUUGUUCUAUCUCUGCGAACAGGAACGUUGGAAGGGUCGACUUCUCUACUUAAUGGCCCAAGAAUACUCUAGCGGUGCAUGGGACAGCUGGGAACUCUUCGAGAAGCUAGAAGACUGCUUUCAGGCAAUUAUAUCCCUGAAGAUAUGGUCUAGAUUCGAUAAACUCAACUCAGCGACCAUAACUCUCAGCCUAGCUAAUUAUAGGUCCAAUCAGGGACGGUUCACAGAGGCCGAGUCAUUGCUGCGAAGGGUGAUUGAGAUCAGAGGUCAGUCACUUGGACUGGAUGAUUUGGGAACAGUCAGAGCAAUGGAAAACAUCGGGACGCUCUUCCAGGUUCAAGGCAAGUUGGGCGAAGCAGAGAAGACGCUUCGUUUAGUACUUAAGGUAAAGGAGAGAGUACUCGGCAGGGAACACAAGGACACUCUAUGCAGCGCUGCUGCAGUUGCCAAUGUGUUUCUAAAGCUUGGGAAUCUCUUGGAGGCAGAACGACGACAUCGCGAGACGCUUGCGACUCGCUUACAGGUACUCGGGAAGGAUCAUUUUCACACUUUGAUGAGCCUCGAUGGCCUUGGAGAAGCAUUGCGACUUGCCGGUGAUCUUGAAGAGUCCGAGAGGGCGCUCCGUCGUGCCGUAGAUGGAAAGACGAGGGUCCUCGGCGCGGAGAAUCCGCACACUAUCUCAUCCGUUUAUGGUCUUGCAGCGACGCUCAUGUGCCAAGGAAAGCAUGAACAUGCAGAGAAGUUGUAUCGACAAGGUCUUGAAGGGUGUGAGAAGGUACUUGGGAGGUAUCACCCCACAACUGAGAUUGGGAUUCAUGGCCUGAUACAUUCUUUGGAGAAACAGCAUAAAGAUGAGGAAUCACAGCGUGUCAAACAGUCAGUCUUCGGGGAGGGCAUCGGCGGAGUGGCUGAGUCUGCUAAAUUUGUUGGAGAGAAUGAUACAAUUGGCCCUACGCAUCGGUGCCAUAUCGAUAUUCGUGUUGGGUUGUAG